AUGCAUAUUUUCAACAAGAUUCCUUUGUCAAUUUUGAAAGGAACCAAUCUUAGGGUUCCUCCAAAACUCUACAAGAAUAUUUCAUAUCAAUUUUUAAGGUUUCAUGAAAAAAAAUCAUCAUUGAUGGUGUAUGAAUCAAAAUUUUUUAAUACAAAACCAAUUAUGGCAACUAAUUUAAUUAUUGAAAAUGAUGUAAAAAAAACAAGAUCCUUUACUUUAAAUUAUUUUGUUCAUGGCUUUCAUACAUCGCAAUCAUAUAAUGUUUUGAUGCCUUACUUAUUGGCAGAUAUUGGUGAAGGUAUUACUGAAUGUGAAAUAGUACAAUGGUUUGUUCAACCUGGUGAUCACAUUUCUGAAUUUGAUAAAUUAUGUGAAGUGCAAUCAGAUAAGGCAUCUGUUGAGAUAACAUCACGUUACAUGGGUGUGGUUAAAAAUUUACAUUAUAAAGUUGGAGAUAUGGCAAGAGUUGGUAAUCCAAUAGUUGAUAUAGAGGUGGAAGAUGUUCCAGAGGAAUUGCAUCAAUCUGAAGAAUUAAAGGAUGACACUUCAUUAAAAUCUAGUGACGUUAUUAGUAGUAGUGUUACUUUAACCACAAUAGAAUCAAUAUCAUUAAAGUCACCAAGUCUAGUAAAAGGUGAUGCCAACAAAUACUUAACUCUGGCAACACCAGCAGUAAGACGAAUUGCACGUGAAAACAAUAUAGAUAUUUCAAAUAUCAAAGGCACAGAUAAAAUUAUACCGCUUUCACAUGUUCAAAAAUCAAUGUUUAAAACCAUGACGAAAUCGCUCAAGAUACCACAUUUUGGUUAUUCAGAUGAAUAUAUUAUGGACAAUGUUAUAAACUUUCGUAAAUCAAUUAAUGAACAUAUUAGUAACAAUAAGAAUCAAUAUUCUUUUGACAAAAUAUCUUUUAUGCCAAUAUUUAUCAAAACCUUUUCGGCUGCAUUGCGGAGGUUUCCAAUACUUAAUUCAUCAUUGAUAGAUUAUGAAGACGAUAAUAUGUCAAAUGUAAAACUUAAAUAUCGUAGUUCACAUAAUAUAGGUGUUGCAAUGGAUACCCCGGGAGGACUUUUAGUGCCAAAUAUUAAAAAUGUCCAAGGAAAAUCUAUACUGGAUAUAGCCAACGAAUUGAAGAGGUUACAAGAAGCUGGUAAAACUAAUUCAAUCCGUCCAACAGACUUUCAGAAUGGUACAAUAACAUUAUCAAAUAUUGGUAUUAUUGGAGGAACAUAUCUUUCGCCUGUCAUAGUUUCAUCUGAAGUAUGUAUUGUUGCAAUUGGUAAAAUACAAAAGUUGCCUAGAUAUGAGAAUAUUAGAGAUGGAUCUAGUGGUGGCAUUUAUGAGAAAUUGGUUGCUAAAAAUGUUUUGACGGUAAGUUUUAGUGCUGAUCAUCGAGUAAUUGAUGGAGCAACCAUUGCUAGAUUUUCAGAAACAUGGAGGAACUUGUUGGAAAACCCUUUAUUACUUUCCAUUGAACUUUCAUAA